CAUGUGCAAAGGGAGCAAAACCUGUCUUUCUGCUUUUUUGUUGUAAACCGAGAAGUCUGUAGUCCCUGGGCAUUUGCGCGUUUGCAAAACCCUGUGCUCUGCCUGCGACGGUGACUCUUGGGUCUGAGCCCCAGUGUCCACAAUGAGGACCCCGAUGGUGAUGAUUCUUGGGCUGAUUUGUGCCCCGGUCGGCUACGUGCUGAUCCUUACGUGCACCGUGGCCCCAAACUGGAGGGACGUGACCGAGAUCCCCACCGGCUCACUGGACGAGGUGCAUCACCAGGGGCUCUGGGAGAUCUGCAGGGACCUGCAAUCGGUGCGAGAACUGUCCUGCGGCCAGCAGGACGAUGUCUACUUCAAUGACCAAGUGAUCAGCAUAGCGAGAGGACUGAGCAUUGCCUCUCUGGUGGUGUCCGCCGCUGGCAUCCUGUUGGCGUCCUGGGGCGUCCGCUGCUGGACGGAGACCCCCAGCCCAGCCAUUGCCGGGGCUGGCGGGAUCAUCCUGUUGAUCGGCGGAGUCCUGAUGCUGAUCCCCGUCUCCUGGUACACGGACCGUCUCAACCAAAUCCCCAACACCGUGGCCGGUGCCAGACUCACAGUCGGAUACGCCGUAGUCCUUGGCUUCGUAGGCGGUUGCCUCAUAGCGAUCGGGGGCAUCUGCCUGAUGUUCAGCUUCGGCAAGUUAAGGAGACGAAAGAGAUCAACCUUUGAGAAUUAUUACCCGAAGAGCGCGGCAAAGCCAGCAAACAGAUACCCCACUGGGAUCUCCAACCCAAUCGCUGUCGUAGAUGUCCCACCUUCCGCCCGCACCUCCACAACUCCCUGGGAUGACGACUUGUGAUCAUCUGCUGAUAAACGGCAUGGAUGGCACCAUUUGGGAUCAAGAAGGGUUUUCAACACCACAUCGCUGAAAAGCCUGCUGACUGAGAAAACCAUUGUCUCCCAAGAUCUUUCACAAGGCACACAUGCUUCUGUUUUCAACUAAUAUUACUAUUUGAUCGUUAUUGCUUGAUCAAAAUCUUGGAACACUCAGCCUAACAGAAUUAUAAAAUGACUUUUGUUCCAUAGCUGUUUGUGGUUUGUAAAGGAGCCCAACUACUUUCCCAUGGGGCAAGGAGGCCAACCAAUGUCAGCUCUCACGGUGACCCCGAGAACAAACUAAUCUAACACAUCUAUUAAUUGCAGAAGUUAAUGGGAGCAACAAUGGGCCAUAUUACUUGUUUUGAACUGGAGAAAACAAGCAUGAGACAAGAUUGAGAGAAAACUCACCUUAAUAAUACAUUUUAGUGUUUAUCAAAGAUCAAAAAACGAAGGAUUACAGAUUAUAGCACUUCUGAACACAAAUGACGAGGUUAAAAAUAGCUUGGUAUAAUUAUGAAAUGAAACCAUAAUUAGCCUCAAAGCAAUCUAUUGUGCAUGCCAGGAAUGGAAUUUGAAAUAUGUCUGGAAAAAUAAACCUUAACUGAAAUGUAAAUGAGUAUGAUUAUGCAAGCAAGAUUAAACAUGUCCAACUGAUUUUUUUGAUUAAAUGCAGUGUGAUCAAACAAA